UAUGUAUGUAUGUAUGUAUAUGUAUAUCAAUUUUUACGGUUAGCACAAUACUUGAAAGAACAAUUAUUGGAAAUUGAAUUGCUUAAAAAGACAUAUUUAUUACGUUAACUUGAAGUUGGACUUAAAAAAAAUAAUAAUAAUAAAUGAAAGCACGAGACAUAUGUAGAAGAAACAUUGUUUAUUCUUGAAGAAGAUGAUAUGCAAAAUUUAUGAUAGAUAAUUAAAAAGAGGUGACUUAAUUGUUUAUUGUCGCACAUUUUACGUACAAACUAAUAUGUUUUUCAUGAAAUUUUAAUAAUUUAUAAAAAUGCAUGCAUAAAAAAUACUUUUAAUACAGAUUGUUCAGAAAAUUUGUCGAAAAGAUUAAUUUUUCAAAAUUUUACUGAUCUCGCGCAUGCUAAUAUCACAUGGGUGUAAAUUUGCACCAACUCGAAUUUUUGCAAUCGCCUGUCAGAACGUUGACGGUAAUGAUGCCACGAACAACAAUUGUCGCACACAGGAAGGACUAAACAAAAGUUUGUCGAAUAAUAGGGGAAGAGUGAUAACAUCGCAUCGUUGAGAAACAGUAGUAAGUAGUUAGAAAUUUUUGGUGGUGCAAAUUCGCACUAGUGUGAGAGGCAUUUGAGGGUUAAAAUGUUCUUAAUUUGAAUCAAAAACGAAGAAAAGAAUUUGUAUAAAUAAAUUUACAAUGCACUAUUAUUAACAACGUAUUACUCUAAUAUAUAAAAGUCUAAUAACAUGUGUGUGUAUAUAAUACACUCGAUAAUACAUUGCAUAUACAUACAUGUAUAUAAAAUGUAUUAUUCAUAAAUGCGUCGAUAUUAACACGUUAUUAACACAGUGCAAUUGCAAAUUUAUAUUUAUAUUAUUGUUUUCUGAAUCUUUGAGAUUUGUAUACAUGUUACAGAUUGUUCGUGAUUUUAAUAAUUGUAAUUUUUAGAGUGCCUCAGAAUUGCAUUAAAAUUUAAUAUUAAAAUACUUUGCUGUGAAUGCAAAAUUAAUAGAAUAUUGUUGAAUUUUAAUCACGUUAGCCUCGUAUUUAACUGGUAUACAACAUUUUAUACUCUAUAAAAUUGAUUAUAAGCUUGACGAAUUGGAAAAUGUGCACGCGUACGUACAAAUAUACGUAGAACAGUUGAUUUUCACAACUGUUAAUUUGUGCUUAAAAUAUUGCUGUAACAUUAUUAAAAUUAUAUUGCAUAUGUGAUAUUUUAACAAUGUUUCCGAAACAUUAUAAUAAACAAACAAAAUUGCAACGUUGCUGCAAUGUAACUCCUGUGCUGUAUGGGCUCACUUAAUACGCUUAACUCGUCAUCCUUUGCAAGAAAUGGAACGCGAGGAUUCACAUGUGGAAAGAAGAACGAACGUAAGAUCAAUUAUUAGAUUUGAUCUGAAUUCGUUUUUUCUCUCUCUCCGAACAUUGCAUGAGAAAAGAUUGUGAUUAUGCUCUUUCAUCAAUUUUUGAAGGACAUGAAGCAAUCUUCCGUAUUGACAGUCCACAUAUACAAACAACCGAUUUUAUUUAUCCAUAAUUGCCUUAUAGAUCUCGUAUAGAGAUUAUUGGGAACGAUUUUCGGUUAAUCGCGAAAACAUCGAAGAUACGUACGUACAAUGUUUAAUAGUGUGGCGUAAAGCGAAGUAAAGUUAAACGGUGGAAGUGAAUGGUGAAAUGCUGCAGACAAUGCCACGGAUACCUGUCGCGGGAGUACGGAGAAGGUGGAGCAAUAAAUAUAUCGAGAAUCUUCAAGAAUCUAGUCCGGAAGUGUCGAGUAGUGAUACGUUCUCGUCGAGCUUUCAAGCGGAUUCGAGCGCAUCAGUGCGCGAAGAAGAUCUUCAACUUUGGGAUUUGGAUCUUCAUCGGGGACUCAAAACGGAAUCUGACACCGAUAACUACCGCACUAUCACCACCAGCGCCGCGGAAUUAAUUAACAACGAUCGUCCACCUUCACCUUUGUUCAUCUCCGUCCCAGGGAGGGACGAACUAUCUCAACCGGGUUCAAUAAACGGCUACGGAAAUAAUUCUGGGGGAGGAGGCGGUGGUGGCGGUGGCAGCGGCGGAGGCGGUGGUAGCAGCGGUAGUGGCAGUGGCGGCGGAGGCAGCGGGGUUGGAAGUGGUAGUGGCGAAGGAUGCGACUCGAAAAAGAGAAAAGGACCUACACCCCGACAACAAGAAGAAUUGUGCCUUGUAUGUGGCGAUCGUGCGUCUGGUUAUCAUUACAACGCCCUUACAUGCGAGGGUUGCAAGGGCUUCUUCAGACGAAGCAUCACCAGGAACGCUGUAUAUCAGUGCAAGUAUGGCAACAGUUGUGAGAUCGACAUGUAUAUGCGCCGCAAGUGCCAGGAGUGCAGACUGAAGAAGUGUCUCACGGUUGGCAUGAGGCCGGAAUGUGUUGUGCCCGAGUACCAAUGCGCGGUGAAGAGAAAAGAGAAGAAAGCGCAGAAGGAAAAGGAUAAACCAAACAGUACGACGAUGAACGGUUCGCCAGGAAGUGCUGGGAUGGGCGAGCAAAUGGGCGUCAAAAUCGAACCAGCGGAAGCCGAGUCGUUGUCUAUGUCCGGCAGUAGUGGAAUUCUUACCCCUAUCAGUUCUUAUACCUGUGUUAAGCCCAUUAGUCCUGAACAGGAAGAACUGAUAAAUAGGCUUGUGUCUUUUCAAUGCGAAUUCGAACAACCAAGUGAAGAGGAUCUGAAAAGGAUUACUAAUCAACCAAUGGAGGGCGAGGAUCCAAGCGAUUAUAGUUUCAGACACAUCACCGAAAUCACAAUUCUAACCGUUCAGUUGAUCGUCGAGUUUUCAAAGAGAUUACCCGGCUUUAAUGAGCUAUUACGCGAGGAUCAAAUCACCCUGCUGAAGGCGUGUUCCAGCGAGGUGAUGAUGCUACGGAUGGCGAGAAAAUACGACGUGCAAACCGACAGCAUCAUUUUUGCUAACAAUCAAUCAUACACGCGUGAUAGUUAUAACGUCGCCGGGAUGGGAGAUACCAUCGAGGACCUUUUACGAUUCUGCCGGCAAAUGUACGCUAUGAGGGUCAAUAAUGCCGAGUAUGCUUUGCUUACAGCUAUUGUCAUCUUUUCAGAGAGACCCAAUUUGUUGGAAAGCAGAAAAGUGGAAAAGCUUCAGGAGAUCUACUUGAAGACACUGAAAGCGUAUGUGGAUAAUCGCCGUCGACCGAAAUCCUGCACGAUAUUUGCUAAACUCCUAUCAGUUCUAACUGAACUCAGAACCCUUGGCAAUCAAAACAGUGAAAUGUGCUUGAACCUGAAAUUUAAGAACAAGAAGCUGCCACUUUUCCUCGCCGAAAUCUGGGACGUGGUGCCCUAGUUUCCCAGUCGCCGAUCAACGGCGAUCGCGCCGGUCGGCUGAAUAAAUCUUUUUGACGUCGCAGUAGCAGCAACAGCAACAACGGCGUCGAUGGACGCGCACGGACGUGGAAAACGGCCUGCGUAAAUUCUUAUACUAGUGCACCAUUAUGCCACUGCCUCAACAUCGCAAAGUCAACAUAUAUCAGUGCUGUUUUAGAUUCAUUUCGAUCAUUUGCUCUUUCUCGAUCGAUCAUCUCUAGGUGUCACUCUAGAUUGAUCGGUCUUUAUAUGGCUUGUAAGGCAAGCGUCUGCAAGCCGGCCCCACACUAUUCGCGUGAAACUCGUGUGUGUGUGUGUGUGUGUGUGUGUGUGUGUGUGUGUAUGUGACGCACAGAAAAUCGUUAUUCUUUAUAGAUUUAGAUUUAUGUAUAUGAUUCUGCAAGAAAAAAGAAAUGGACAAUUUGUAAAAAUGAUAGAUAAUAAAAUACGUUUGAGAACAAUGUGUCGAUGAAGACACAUAUGAUUCAACACUUGUCUGAGAUCUGAUCCAUACAGAUCUAUGCAGUACCAGGGAUACUAAUAUAAAAGAUUUAAAGAACUAAGAUUAUAUUUUAUGCUAUGGAUUUUUUGCCAAAAAUGUGAAGCAUAAAAUAUAGACGAUGUAUCUGUAUGAUUCAUAAAACUAUCGAUCAUUGUAGAUCUAGCCAUUUAUCAAAUCUGUAACUUUUUUAAUAAUAUCGUUUAUUCGAGACUAUUUAAAUCGGAACAAUCCUAUACUGCACAAGAUAUACAGUGUAACAUUUCACUAAUAUUGCAGAAACAUUGCAGGUUGUGGUAACAUUUCUGAAAUAUGUUGUACUGUAUAGGAAUGUUAUUAAAUAUAUAUUAUAUUGUCAUAAUAUUGUAUUGCAUUAUUUCUAAAAACGCAUAUUUUACCGUUGCUGCAAUAUUACAGUAACGUUGCAGCAACAUAUUGCAACGUUUAUACAAUGUUGCAAUAAAAUAUUUCUGCAAUUUUUCUGUGCUGUAUAACUCACUCAACCAUACUGAUACCUUCUUUUAUUUACAAAUUCGCAAAUAUGAGGUCACUCGCAUGAUUAUAGACCUAUACGAACCGUGUGGGACCGGUUUAAAGACAAGGAACAGGAAAGGCCUCGCACAUUAAAGAUACGUGCAGAAAACGUGCACGUUCCAAAUGUAGGAGCAAGGAAUGGAAUGGGAAUAAGAACGAAUAUAUCAUUGUGAGAGAAAGGCAGUGGCGCGGCCCAGGCUGUGAUACAUAGAGAACAGAGAUUGAAGAUAUAUAAAGAAAGCUACCUGCAAUUUACAUUUUAUCGCUAUUUCCUCUACCUGGAUACAUCCUUACACACAAUCGAUAUGUAAAUGUAAUGUAUUAUAUGAUAAGGUAUUGAUAUAUUUGUGAUGAGUGUGCGUCGUCACACUUGUUACUCUUGAGAAAAUGAAUAGCAGCAAGAGCAGUUACUAUAAGGGAGGGAAAGAGUAGAAAAUUAUAUUGGCAGGAUGAGACUAAAAAAUGAACUAAAAAAACGAAUAAUUAUUUAAAUAUAAUCGGUAAUGCUACCAGCGAGGAUUCAAAUCUGUAAUCAUCAAUAAUACAGCAUUUUCCCAGAUUUAAAAACAAAUGAAAAGGAAAGUGAAAUGAAGUUCGUAAGAUAUUCACUAUCGAGCAGCGUCGCAUGAAUGGAGCGUGAAAAAGAAAAGGAAAAUAAAUAUGAUAUGUAUAACAAUAGCAUAGAUUCUAUAUCAUUCAUACACAUACAGCAUAAUAUAUCUUGCUAGCAUGUACAUUGUUUAUACCAGAGAGAGGAAGAGAGAGAGAGAGAGAGUGUAGAGAACAGGCGCGUGUGUGUGUGUGUGUGUAUAUGUGUGUAUAUAUGCGCGCGUGCGUGUGUAUGUGUGCGCGCGUGUGUGAAAAAGAGAGAAAGUAGAGAGAAGGAGGGAGAGAGAAGGAGAGACUAGAGCGAAAAUGAGAAACAUAGAGGGGAAAAGAUUGGAAAGGAUCUACACCGCAGCAGGAUGGUGCGUCUUAAAACUCUGUGUAUUAAUAUUUUUAUUAAUACAGAUCCACAUAAAGAUGUACAGGGCGUCCCAGAAAAGAAAAAGAGAGGGAGAGAGAGAGAGAGAGAGAGAUGACUAAAGGAAUGAUAUUAUUUUCGCAAAAGACAUAUUUUUUAAGAGAUACACUGUGUACAUACAACAUGUUAUUUAAAUGUCAUGAAACAGGAACUUUUUAAAAUGUAUUAUUUUCUUACUGAUAUAGAAGUAUGGUGUUCAUAAGUAAUAUACGGAAGACAAAUAGACAUUCACGUUGUAUAUUAUAAUUAUCUUCGUUUUUUUACAUAUACCCCGUUAUAGUAUAAAUUUUUACAAAAAUGUUUUUAAUAAGUAAAAAGAAAAUGUACGGGACGUCCUGCGAAAAUGUGUGCGAGGAAAUAUAAUAUUCGUAAUGAAUGUACUGAUGUCUUUUGGAGGCAACUGGUAUAGAACUCUCCGAUUCAACUGUUUUCAACAGAAGAAAUAUGGCAAAAAUACAUAUUUUUUUUUAUUAAGAAAUAAAAAUAUAUAUUUUAAGUAAUAGAGUAAA